CACAGAAUGGAUUACUGUCGAAUGGCCGGUCGGUCCGUCAGGCAGCCCCCCACAAACCAAUCAGCGAAGCCAGCCGGUCAUUCAUCCAUCCAUCCAUCCACUCAGCAAGGGAUGCAUACCACACCACGUCUGCGCUGCCAUGACAGAAUCGAUGGGUGGGUGGGCCCUGCGGGCCCUAACAGUCUAGACUCUCGCACACAACACACUCACGCAUGUAUGUAUCUCUCGUAUACACAGACGCGGGGACGGAUGCACUCGCUGCACUUGGCCCAACCAGUCUCAACGCAUGACUACUAGGCGAGCACGCAGGACUCAUAUGUUGGGAUCAUGUACUUGAUGUUGAUGAAUGCAUCCUGACUCACAGACAGACACACAGACAGACACACAGACAGACACACAGAUAGACACACAGAAAGAAAGACGCACCAUCCACUCGGAAUUACACCAUAAUAAUGCUGACCUCUCCUCCGUGAAUUUCGAAGAGCUCCAGGGUCUCCUCAAUCAACUCGCCCAGGUUGGCCCUGAAAGACACACACAGACAGAGGGCCCCAGAGAGACAGACAGGAAAAUUGUCGUGGGUAGCUUGGUGUCUCUUUCUGUCUGUGUGUGACCUCUUUCGUUGUCCGUAGUCCAUUUGGUCUCCCGUGGAUGUCUUUCGGUUUUUGUAGAGGUUGAAUACGGGCAGAAUCUGCCGGUAGUACGGCACCAACGCCUCACCCACCAUCUCACCUGUACCAAGCCGCCGUGGUUGGGUCUCGGUGUCCAUAGGGCGGGCCUGUCUUGUGGUGUGCUAACCUGAAAGGACGAGAGCCUGCAGCACCUUGAGCAUCGUGCACAUGAUAUCGUGGUCGCGUGUGUUCAGCGCAGCUAAAGGCAGGCAGGCGCGCGAGAGAGGGAGAGAGGGCCCCCCACAAGCGGGGGACAGCGAGACAUAUAUCCGAUGCCGAAGGUUGUGGGUGUGUGUCUCCCUCCCCUACUUUUGAUUGGGAUGAUGAGUUGUGGGACGACCGGCAAUAUCUUGCUCCCUCCUGCCUCCAACAGAUCAAACACCUUCACACGCAACCGAAACACCACACAGCGAGACACCGACCGAUGGAUGCACAGAGUGAGAACACAUAAGUGGCCAUGCCCGCAGGUCUGUCUGUGUAUGUGUGUGUGUGUGUCUCUGUGCAUCUCUGUGGCCAAUUGCAUGGCGUGGCAUGACUCACGCCCUGGACGGCGAGGAAUCUGUAGGGGUCUUCCUUCUCGCGAAGUCCGUCGAAAAAGAUGGGGAGGUAGUGGUGGUAGUCGAGCUGCUCUGGCUUCACCUUCCACGCUAUCUUGUUGCCGGUGCCGCCAUGAAACACGUUGAUCGGCAAAUCGCCACGGUCAUAAAAGCUGACGACAUGACACAGGACGACGACAUACCACGCACUCCCUUCCUCCCUGUGCCUGCCUGCUUCUCUGUAUGUGUGUGUAUGUGUACCGUCUGAACUCCGAUGGAGGGAUUGGCCGUUUCGAGUACGCCCCAGCCUUGGGGGGCGGCGCCAGGUCAGCCCGUUUGGCCUUCAUGGUCGAGGUCGUGAUGCCGCCCGUCCCAACCCCCUUCUUGAGGUAGUCUCGCCGGGGGCUCGGCGGCGCAGUUGUGGCCUUGCCAGUCACAACCAAUGGGCCGGGCGUGACUGUCUGUGCCGACAGGGUGUGGGGAUCCUUCUUAGGCUUGAAAUCGGGCGGGAAGUCGCCGAAGGGCGAGUCGGGGUUCUUGGGGAGGCGCCCAGAGGCCUUCUCCUUGCGGUGCCAGUCGGGGUCUGUCAGCUUCUUGAUCCCAUCAGACAGGAUGAGUGUGGCGGCGGCAGAUAUCGUGCGUGACUGCAUGGUCAGGGGGAGGGAAGGACGGUCUACCAGAUGUCCGCUGGAGCUUCUCUCUUCGCCGUCAAGGCGUCAGCAGGCCGACUUGAUCCGUAGCUUGAGCGGGCCACUGGGAAAGUUCCCCUCCUCGGGAAUCGCACUUCUUG